AUGACGUCAGAGGUCUCUUGCGUCUCCCACGACUAUAUAAUCACAGCAGACACUCUACUCAAAACACUGACACCCCUGGGUCCUUCAGAAACCAUGAACUCCGUGAUUUUCCUCACCGCACUUUGCGUGGCUGUAGCCACAUCAGCUUUGGUCAAACGCCAGGCACCUCAGAACCCUACUCCAGGAAACGGUCCUUUCCCCCAAUUCCCUCAACUCCCACCCAACGGCACUUUCCCUCAAUUUCCUCAACCCCCACCCAACGGCACUUUCCCCCAAUUUCCUCAACUCCCACCCAACGGCACAUUCCCCCAAUUCCCUGCACCUCCACCCAAUGGUACCCUUCCCCCGUUUUCAUUCCCACCACCGCCUCGAGGCCCAUUUCCCCAAGGCCCAUUCGGCAUGCCCACACCCCAACAAGGUCCAUUCGGCCCAUACCAGCAAGGUCCAUUCGGCCCAUCCCAGCAAGGUCCAUUCGGCCCAUCCCAACAAGGUCCAUUCGGCAUGCCCUCACCCCCUCAAGGAGGUUUCCAAUUCCCAGGGAUAUUCCAACAAAACG